ACGAGCUAGCUACGAAUGAGAGAUGCUUUCGCAACCGGCGGAAGCCGAGUCAUCUCAUCACGUGGGGAGCUCGAUUGCCUUAAAAUUGAGAGGCGGCCAGGCACUCAACUAGUUCCGAAAAGCAAGAGCAAGAGCAAGAGCAAGAGUGACUGGAAAACGAGAGGACUUUCCCUACUGGCAAUCGCUCCGCCCUCCGCUGUGAUGAUGAAAAGGAUAGCAUUCUUGUUUAUCUUCUCGACUGCUGCGCUAGCGCUCAGCCAAGCAGCAAACCCGUGCUGCUCAAAUCCAUGUCAAAACCGAGGUAUAUGUAUGACAACAGGUAUUGACCGAUACCAAUGUGACUGUACCAGAACAGGAUUCUAUGGAGAAAAUUGUACAACUCCUGAGUUUCUGACAAGGAUAAAAUUGAUGCUAAAACCCACGCCAGACACAGUUCACUACAUCCUCACCCACUUCAAGUCAGUGUGGAAUAUAGUCAACAAUAUCCCUUUUCUGCGGGAUUUUGUGAUGAGAUACGUGUUGACAUCAAGAUCAAAUUUAAUUGAGAGCCCACCAACGUACAAUGUUCAUUAUGGUUACAAAAGUUGGGAAGCCUUUUCUAACCUCUCUUACUACACUAGAGCUCUUCCCCCAGUGAGAGAUGACUGUCCAACUCCAAUGGGUGUAAAAGGUAAAAAACAACUUCCUGAAUCCAAAGAAGUUGUGGAAAAAUGUCUUCUGAGAAGAAAGUUUAUUCCUGACCCCCAAGGCACAAAUAUGAUGUUUGCAUUCUUUGCUCAACAUUUCACUCACCAGUUCUUUAAAACAGAUCAUCACAGAGGCCCAGCCUUCACAAAAGCACUAGGACAUGGGGUUGAUUUAAAUCAUAUUUAUGGAGAAAAUUUGGAAAGACAAUACAAACUGCGGCUUUUCAAGGAUGGAAAAAUGAAAUAUCAGGUAAUUGAUGGAGAAGUAUAUCCACCUUUAGUGAAAGAUACUCAGGCAGAAAUGAUCUAUCCACCUCAUGUUCCUGAGCAUCUGAAAUUUGCUGUUGGUCAAGAAGUAUUUGGCCUGGUUCCAGGUUUAAUGAUGUACGCUACAAUAUGGCUUCGAGAGCAUAACCGAGUGUGUGACAUCCUUAAACAGGAACAUCCUGAAUGGGAUGAUGAGCAAUUGUUCCAGACCAGCAGACUGAUACUGAUUGGUGAGACUAUUAAGAUUGUAAUUGAAGAUUAUGUCCAACACUUGAGUGGUUAUUACUUCAAACUGAAGUUUGACCCAGAACUGCUGUUCAGUCAGAGCUUCCAGUACCAAAACCGAAUUGCUGCUGAGUUCAACACCCUCUACCACUGGCAUCCUCUACUUCCUGACACCUUCCAAAUUGAGGAUAAAGAGUAUAGUUACCAGCAGUUCCUCUACAACAACUCUGUAUUAGUGGAACAUGGAAUUUCCCACAUGGUGGAAUCAUUUUCUAGGCAAAUUGCUGGCCGGGUUGCUGGGGGCAAGAAUGUGCCACUUGCAGUAAAGAAAGUUUCCAUUGCUUCAAUUGACCAGAGCAGACAAAUGAAAUACCAAUCUCUAAAUGAAUACAGAAAACGCUUCAUGCUCAAGCCUUUUAGUUCAUUUGAAGAACUGACAGGAGAGAAAGAAAUGGCUGCAGAACUGGAAGCCCUCUAUGGUGAUAUUGAUGCUAUGGAGUUGUAUCCUGCUCUUCUAGUAGAAAAACCUCGUCCAGGUGCCAUCUUUGGAGAGACCAUGGUAGAACUUGGAGCACCCUUCUCACUCAAAGGACUCAUGGGUAACCCAAUCUGUUCCCCUGACUAUUGGAAGCCUAGCACUUUUGGUGGCGAUGUAGGUUUUGAAAUUAUCAAUACAGCCUCAAUCCAGUCACUAAUCUGCAAUAAUGUAAAGGGAUGUCCCUUCACUGCAUUCAGUGUUCAAGAUUCUCAACUCAAAACAGCAACCAUUAAUGCCAGCUCAUCAAACUCUGGACUUGAUGACAUCAAUCCCACAGUACUGCUAAAAGAACGUUCAACUGAACUAUAGACAUCUAUUGAAUAUAUUUAUUUAUUUAAGUAAAGUAUUUCUUUAACUUAUCUAUUUAUGAAUAUUUGUGUGAAGCUCCCCACUUUACUUGAUAUCUUCUGUAACAGAAGGUAGUAAAGUACUCCUCUGUUGGAGAAAUAAUUCAUAUAAGUGGGAAUUUUGUUUGUGAUGAUUUUUUUAAAAACAAGUAUUUACUUAAGUCUGAGAAGAAACACUUUUUUGUUCUUUUUGAUGACUUAGAUUGUGCUAUAGGAAGAAAAAAGUGUAAGAUAUUUAUUUGAUCAUUAUAAUUGCUAUUAUAAUGUUGAAAAGCUCUGAAUAACUACACUACCUUCUUAAAAAAUGAUAUAUAUCUAUGUAGCACUGAACUCUGAAACUCAAAGUGCUCUGCAAACAUGUUUUCAAAUUUAAAAUCUGUAUCACUUGGAAACAUUGAAACAUGUAGUGAACUGAAAAUAUUCAACAACAUAUCAAACAUCAUAAUCAUGGAAUUAAGGACGUAGAGCUGUAAGGGAUCUCCGGACUCAUCUGAUUCAAUACUCUAAUUUUACAGAUGAGGAAACUAAAGCCCAGGGAAGUUAGAUUACUUGCCUUGGGUCAGUCACACACUAAAUAACAGAGGCAGGGUUUGAAUUCAGAUCCUGUAACUCUAAAAUUAGCUUGCUUUCUACUGCACCAUGCUAAAUUUAAAAAAAAAAAAAAAGCAACCAUUUCAAACGACCAAAUUGAUAACUAAAUUGGAAAUCUUGGAAAUUUGGACAUGUCCUGGCUAAUAUAACUUACAUUUUCUCAUAGUAUAAAAUCUCAGGUAUCCUAAGAUCUGAAGGUGCAUAUAAAAUUUUGGGUUGUUUUCAAUUACAUUAAACUGCCAUUAAUCAUUCGAAAACUAUUUGAACUAUGGUAGAAUCUUUGGAAAUACCAGAAUGUCAAGGCCAACAAAAGAAUCAGCUUAAAAUCACUGGAAAAAUAAUUUGCUUUAAUAGCACCUUUUAUCUAAAAAAAUACUCAAACAAUUUUUAUAAUACUACCAGUAAACAAAACAUACACCAGCAAUAUUUGAGGAAAUUUUAUUAUAAUUUGUUUAGAGUAAUUACCUUAGGACAAGAGAUAUUAUUUCUUCAAAUUGUUGUGUAUAACAGACAACACAAUGUCAUGUGCUUCAAACUAGUACUGAAAUGCUUUCUCAAACAUUAUCAAUUACAAAACUGGAUUUGGGCAGAAAACUGAGAAAUUUAUUCUUAAUUUUUUUUAAUUUUGUUUUCUCAGAUUAUCUCAUAGUUACUUCUAUUUAGCUGUCCACAUUACAAGUCAGCCUCCUCAGGAGUAUAUUUGAUAUUCACAAAUUCAUUACAUCUUCUUAAUUACUUUCCAUAUCUUUUUGACUUACAUAUCAACAGGGACACUUUUUGAUGUCCCUACCAUCUACCAUGUUUGCUGCUUUUUUCUUCAGAUUUCCAUUGAACAAGCAUUUUAUUGAAUGCCUACUAUUUCCAAGUGUGGGGCUUGUGUAACUUUCCUCCUGUUGUCAUAUUACCGAAGUAAAUUUUCCUUUGUAUCUUCCUCAUCUAAUAUUACAUUCCAAAUGUCUUAUUUGGUCUAGUUGUUGUUCUCUUUUUUCCUUCUUUCUUUUCCUUCUUUAUGCUUUUAUCUUCAAAAUAGUCAAUAGGAGGACAGCUUCUCAGCUAAGCUUAGGACCUGAGGAGUAGGAGAAGGGAAAAUCAGAGCUGGGGCAUGUGGGAGAAGAUUUUUAAAGUAAUGAAAUGCCCUAGCUAUACUGUGAGUAUAAGGGCAAAGAACUGCCUUUAUAUAGAAUCUUUUAUACCAGUACCAAAGAUAACUGGGAAAAGGCCAGUAAAUCAGAGGAAGAGAAUUAUAUAAAAAGAGACAAAGUAACCAACUCUGAAUGUAUUUUCAAAGAAGUCCUGAAUGCUCUUCUAGUGAAAUGUCUUUUUUCUGUCCACAUUUUACUAGUAGAUAAGUACUGUAUUUUACUGAUGAAAUGUUAUUGUUUGUUUUAAUUAGAAAUAAUUUUCUGAUAAAAUUUAUGGAUUUUUAAAAAAAUGUUUUUUUAAAAAAUCAUUUUAAAAUGUGAUUUUUUAAAAAUUGCAUUUAAAUAUGUUUGAAAAUUGCAUUCUUAUAUGUGAUUUUGAUAUUUUUGUUGGUCCACAAUUUCUUUUUUUUGAGAAUAUGUAUCUGAAAUAAUAAUGUAAAUCAUUGGAAACUAUAAUUCUAUUUGCAUAAGUGUUUUCAGAAAACACUAUUAUGUAAAAGAGGUUCAGCUUUAUUUGGGUAUCUAAGACUGGACUAUAUAUUUACCUAAAGGAAAGAAACAAUUGAAUUGACCUUCAGCAUAAUGAUAUCUAAAAA